ACCGUUACCGUACAUGAGUUUACAGUGUAAUACACGGUAUUUUUCUAGUUUGAACCAAAUCUAUAGAUUACUACGUUUGGUGUCAAAAAAGAAGUUUUUUGUUAAUAUUAAAAACUAAUAUUCAUGAUUUUGCGAAGCUUUUUGUUGAAAAUGUAAUUAGUCUGAAACCAGGCAUAACUCGUCGUAUUAUUUUGAACGAACCUGUGAAAUUAGCUACCGAACCGUAUCGUUCAGCUUCAGGAUACAACUUAUGAGUAUACCUAUGAGUAUAGGCACUAGGUACCGGUAGUUGAAAAUUUAAUUUUGUAGUUACUAGGCUAUUCAGAUUUUACAAAAAACAACAAAACUAAUGUAAACCAUUGAAGCCGAUGUUGGGUCAAAUAACAUGCAAAACAAUUUUGGUAUGUUUUCUUUAUAUUUUAAAAUACUAUGAAUUGGGCGUUGAGUCAAAAUGUAGCCUACUUGAUACUGUUUAAUUAGUUCAGAUGUAGGCCUAUGGUGGUGAAAUCCAGUCGAGACUUCUGGUAAUACUUUUGAUUUUACUGAUUAGAUUUUAUCGCUAUGUAUUCGAUAAGACUAAGGAAAAUUUAAAUAAGAAGCAAAUGGCGCUAAGAGCUGCGGAUAUAGAAUAACCUAGUAAUUAUAAUUUCAUUACCUAGUAGAAUUAUUGUAAUAGUACAGAGUGGUUAAGUGAUAACGCUGUUAUAGAAUCUAUAUUUCAGUUUGUUUGUGUUGUAUUGUAUUUGUAUUGUUUCAUAUAAACAUGAACAUCAGUCAAAUCCCUCAUUUAAAAAUUAAAGUUUGGCAAGAAUAAUGAUUUUAGAAAUUCAAACUGGCUGCACGCUGGAAGGUUUUGGCGCGCAAAUUUUCAACCAAUCGUGUGCGUCGUAGCCUUCCCUAAGUAUUGAUUGCCGAUACCUUGAUUGGCUGACCGUAAGGUCUAACCAUCUCGGAUGAAUUCUCGCGACCUGUGUGUGUAUUGUGGUGGAUUUAUCGCUAAUUAUUAUAGUGAUACAGCAUCAAUCAAGUCCGAUUUCAAAUGAUUUAUCGUUAUUUGUAGUAAUUUUCGAAAGUUGAGCUUCCCAUGGCAUCAGUAGAGGAAACAUGGCGAGGUUUGGCUAAGGACAUUGGAGCUUCUGAAGAAAAAACCAGCGAGUGGUGGACUAGAAUAGUUCAGGCCUACAGUGAAGAAAGUAGAAAAUUUCAUAACAUCAACUAUUUAGCAAUUAAAUUAGAGAAUUUUGAAACAAUCAAAUGCAAGUUGAAAAAUAGGAAUGCUGUUGGAAUAGCUAUAUUUUUUCACCAUUUCGAAUAUGAUCCAAAGAUGGUGGACUGCUUCAAAAAGAAUCUAGAACACUUCGAUAUUUUCGCCAAUGAUUGUGCAAUCAAAUCGGAGAGCGAGCUGUACAAGUCAGUGGUGAGUUUGCUGGAGUCGGUUGACACGCACAGCACCGACGAGCACAAGACGGGAGGGGUGUUUGGGGCGGAGGACGGCCACUACUUCCUCGACCUUGACAUGGCCGUUUUGGGCGGCGACAGCGAGUACUAUGCCACCGAGUAUGCCACCAACAUACAGGCCGAGUACGACUUCCUGCCUGAACCAAUGUACAAGGGCCUUAGACUCAAGGUGCUUCAAAGCUUUCUACAGAUACCAAAUAUAUUUGCAACCAAAGAAUUCAGGGAGAAAUACGAGGAGCAAGCCAGAGCUAACAUACAAAAAGAAGUUGAAAAGCUAAAAUAAAUGUAUUUCUUAUCGGUAUUUCAACUUUUCUAAUCAAAUUUGUGCAAUUGAUUGAAGUCUCAUAUCAAAGUUGAGAUAGAAUAAAAAUUCUAUUCAUUGUAUAUUUUUAUAUGCCUAAUAGUGUACUUAUUAGGUAUGGUGAAAUAAUGAGAGGAGUCAGCUUGUACGUGUUGAACUUGAAUUAAAUUCAAUUGUUUUGCUUAAUGCUUA